AUGAAUCCCUUCGCGAAGAAACCAACUCCGCGAGAGGUGAUGCGGAGCAGCAAGCGGGACCUGACGAAUGCUACGCGAGGGAUCGAGAGGGACACUGCGUCAUUACAGCAAGAGGAGAAGAAACUCGUUGCUGAAAUUAAAAGGACAGCAAAAACUGGCAAUGAGGCAGCAACAAAAAUUCUAGCCCAUCAGUUGAUCAGGUUAAGGCAGCAGAUUUCUAAUUUGCAAGGUAGCCGAGCUCAGAUUCGGGGGAUUGCGACACAUACUCAGGCAAUGCAUGCUAACACUUCAGUGGCUACUGGUUUACAAAGUGCAAGCAAAGCAAUGGGAGCUUUGAAUAAGCAAAUGGAACCUACCAAGCAGAUGAAAAUAAUGAAAGAAUUCCAAAAGCAGUCUGCACAAAUGGAUAUGACGAAUGAGAUGAUGUCUGAUUCAAUUGAAGAUGUCUUAGACGAUGACCAGGCCGAGGAAGAAACUGAAGAACUUGCUAACCAGGUUCUGGAUGAGAUUGGUGUAGACAUUGCCUCACAGUUGUCCUCGGCUCCCAAAGGAAAAAUUGCUGGAAAGAAGGUUCAGGUUGAUGAAAGUUCGGAGUUGGAGGAACUAGAGAAGAGACUGGCUGCUCUCAAAAAUCCAUAA